AUGGAAGAAAUUGACGAUAUUCGGUAUCAACAAAAAUUAACAUUGAGUCAACAAACUUAUUUAGAAUCGAUCAUAGAGAAUCAUUUCUUUACUACAAAUCAUAAUAAUAAAAUUAAUGAUACUGGCGAAGAGGAUGACAUUAAUACUAAUAUGCUACCGUUAUCAUUAUCAAAUAUAGAUCGUGAUCAUUGUUCAAUAAUACAACAACAGUGUGUACCUUUUAUACAAAAGGGUUACUCAAACUUGGAAUCACCGAUUCAACUGAAUAGUUACAGUUUUAUGAAUGAAGUAAAUCAUUCUAUGUAUUGUCAUUCAAAUGGAAACGAUGCGUAUAAUGAUAGUCCAACUUCUGCUCCGAUCAUUACUACUACUAAUAUUAGUAUUUGUCAUGACCAUAAUCAUCAAAAUUAUCAUGCAAGUACAAGUACUCCACGUUUUAUUCAUGAAUCUGUAUGGCAUGGCAGAAAUGGUGACUAUAUUGCUGAUAAUUCCUCUUUUUGCACUGGAACAUCACCAUCAUCAUCAUCUUUGAUGGUGCCAUGUUCAACGACCAGAACAACUGCUGAAAAUCAUAUUGACUAUGUACAUUCAACAUAUUUAACUAGUAAAUUAAUCAAGUCAUCUAGUACAAAUUCAUCUCAACAAACCAACACAGGAAUCGAUUUAACGCAUAACAUUUUUGAGAAUUCACCUAUUCUUCAAAAUAAUUCUCAUAAUAACAAUCCAAAAUAUCGUCGUAAUUCUAACAAAUUAUCACCUUUUAUACGUAAAGAACAUCAACGUGAACAAGAUAAAAAUCGUACAAGAACAUUGAAUGUUGCAUUUUGUCGUUUACGUUCAUGUUUACCAGAAAUACCGAAAGAUACAAAAUUAACAAAAAUUAGAACAUUACGUUAUGCAAUAACUUAUAUUCGUCAAUUAAUGGAUUUAAUUCAUCAAACUGAUUCAGUUAAUUCACCUAAUAUGUUUGAUACUGGUUUGAAUUCAUUAAAAAUGGAAUCUGAACAUGAUCAAUCAUUAAUGAAGGAUAGUGGAUAUUUAAGUUUUAUGGAUAGAUAA